AUGUCUAAACCAGCAACGAACACCAAGACGCCUACUCCCUCCAACCCCUCCUCUCUAAAGCCCCGCUAUGGGAUCCGUAAACUGGAAUCCAAACAUCUGCUCUGGGCGACUGCCAUCCUAGCCCACAGCCACGGUUUCCACUCCGCCAUCUGGCAGCACAUCUGGCCCGACAAAGCACUCGGCCGCUGGACACUAGAAAGUGCCAGAAAACUCGAGUACCUCGUCGCCCACCAAAUCGACUCUGGUCUAUCCUACGGCGUCUUCGACACAGAAUAUCAGUUCAAGACCCCCGAGGCGAAAGAAGCAGGCGGGAAGCUAUUCUGGGAUGUCAAUGAACCGGAAGAAAACAGUGUGGAGCAAACCCAAGGGCGGAAGGCAGAGGGCUUGAGACUACUCCGCCAGAUGGACUUCCCAUUGGUUAGCAUAGCGUUGUCGUACGACGGCUUCGCCCCUCUCGAUCCCGCGAAGAUGGGCCCGGUAGACGAAGCGAUACCAGAAUUCAGUCCGCUCUUCGGCGCUCUGAGGAAGCUCGAUCCGAGGGAUCCAGCGGAGUGGAAAGCUACCGCACCAGGCCAGUUACUGAUGCGCAAUGCGACGUCUACACGCCACGACUAUGAGGGCGAGGGUGUUGCGUCGGGCGCAGCGCGUUGGCUGCGCCGCGAGGCCAAGUUGAUGGGGUUUAGGGGUAUCCAGAUUGAGUGUAUUGCGGAUGCUGUGACGCAUCUUUGGAGUGAUGGUGUGGAGGAGCCGUUUAAGGGAAGAGUGGUUAUAAUUCCGAUACCCAGCAACAUCGACAAAAUGACCGAUAUUCGCCCGCGGGCUGAAGCCGAGCUUCUCGUUACAAGAACAUGCUAUCUCUCAAACGAUCCCGUCUUCUUCAUAGUCCUCAUCAUCGCAGAGUACAACUUCAAAGAGGGAGUUAUAUACCUCCAAGAUGGUCUCGCAGGCUCGAGGCUUUACCAGCCCAUGAACUCCAGCCAAUUUAUCCAGUGUGUCGACAAUGAGACGGGUGAGGAAGUUGAAGUCGUGCGCCAACGCACAGCGCCAGUUCUCUUUCGCGAAGACCAAAGCGAAGUCAUUUUUACGACAGGGAGGCCCAGUAAAUCCUGCGAAAUGCCGUUCAUUACUACUGCUCUCCGACCAAAUAGGAAGUACAGACUGUGCUUCAAACCGACAACCCCAAUUUCGCAUUGGCCAGUCAGCGCGGUGAAUACUUCGAAUUCUCUUUCAAGAAGCCCGGGCGGUUUGCUAUCUGCGUCUGAACUUCCUACACCAGCCACACCGACUAUACCCUGGCAGGCCGCCAACGGAAACGACACAAUCAUAUUCGAGACCCGAAGUUCGCGACCAAACACACCAAAAGUCACCGUUUCUCUAUCAGCACCAUCGACAUACUCUCUCUCCUCUCCCACCAAGAGAUUUGCUUUCACGCUCACGUUCUCGACGGACGCCGCAUAUCCCUUUACAGUCCACGCAGAUCGCGCAUGGGUCAAGUCUCUUCAAUCUGACUUGGCAGUCCUCGACGCAACGUCGCGCUGCAAGCUCGAACCCUAUUUAGAGAUCUGCCGCGAUCAUUAUGAGGUCGAAAGACACAAGUUCAUACGAUUCGAAAAGACGUACAUCGAACACCGAGAGCUAGAUUUCGGAGGCGGAAAAAUGGAUAGAUUGAAGCUUGAGGUUGGAAAAGAGUACAUACUCUGCCAUCUCGGCGGAUCGUGGUGGUGGACGGAGGAUACGGUCGAUGAGGUAAUGAACUACCUUGCUUCCUGGAGUAGCGCAGGUCUGGAAGUAGGCACGACAAUCGAAUUUCAGGGCGCGGGUGAAGUGAAGUUUACGGUGGUGGAGUGA